CACGGGGAUCGACGCGUCACGAAUGCACACACGUACUCAUGGUCUCCAUGCAACAAGCCACGCAAAAUCCUUACGAACAUGAACCGAAAAAGAACCGUGCAGCGCCAUGCAAAGCCAUGCAAAGGCCGUUUGACGCAUUGCAAGGCUGGAAGAUGGAGAACGAUACACGUUCUCUCGUGCCAACGUAGAAGCACCGUCUAGUCUCUAUGGUUUACCGAGAAAAAGGGCGGAGAUCACUCUCCCAGCAUCUUCCUUCUCUCAUCUGCUCCAAGGUCAGGAGACGUGGGGGACUUGGGAGGCAUCACCGGUCUGCCUUGCGAAUGCUGUGACCCCGUCAUCUGCGAACCGCCCAUGUUGGAGCCAGCCAAGCGGCCAGCAGCAGCCUUGGAAAGCUCCUUUACAAAGAACCCUGCGGUUGAGCCUCGCGGCCCCUGUCGCAGGUGAGCAAGGGUGGCAAGAUCCACCGAGAUAGACACCCGUCUCAUGUUGGUCUCGGCCUUCAUGAUGACCUCCGAGCUGUCGGACGUGCCCGUAUUAGAUGUGUCUUGGCGCCCUGGCGGCUUCCUGUCGUCAGGUCCGCUGCCAGACAAACCCGACCCUUCAAGGCUUCUGCUGCUCCUCUCCAUUUUGGGCGAUGACUUGUGUGAUGAGAGCACGCUGGAUGAGCGUCGGGAGUCGCGGAGGUCCGCGUCUUCGAUGAUGGCGUCCACAUCGAUUUCGAUGUUGGGGGGCUUCCGCUCCUGGAUGGAGCAGCGUCGGUUGGAGUUGCGAGAUGAUGCUCGGUCGCUGCUGUGGAACGACUGUGCAAGAUCUGGCUGUUCCUCGUCGGGUGCGGCCUCACCAUCGCCGGAAGCGUCAUGCGGGGCGUCAUUGUCUGCCAUCUCAUCCCACAUGCCUGGGUCAAGGGAGAAUGUCUCGAUAUCUGUAUCUUCUGCAGGGUUUCUUCUCACGUAUACCUGAUUCAUCGUCUCCUUCACCCUGGUCUCCGCCAUGUUGAUCCGACUGCUCCAGUGAUGACCCAUGCCGUAACAAGUCGGCCUCCUGUUCGUCGCUGUCUGUGGAAGACAGGAACAGGGGAGGAGGGGCCGCGUCGUCGACCUCGUCGGCUUCUAUCCGAUAGGCGCUUCGUGCGCCCGUCAGCAUUAUGCUGCUGCGCCUCAUUUGGUCAAGGAUUGUGUCGGCGUCAUCUGCAUAUGAAUCCUCCACAGAAAGAAUCUCCUCCGACCGCUGCCGGCUUUCUUCCGGCUGGCUGUCUUCGGGGUCGUGCUGUGGCUGUUGGCUCAGGUCAGGCAUCUGCUGGUACACCAUGGACCCUCUCGGUGCGCGCGUUGGGGCGAUGGACAUGUUGAAAUCAGAGGGCAUCUGCUGGAAGGCAAUGGAACCUCGAGGAGCUCGUGGAAGCACGACGGACUCGUUGAGGUCCACCUUCUUGACUGCGAGGAUGUUACCUUUUCCACUUGACGGAGAUUUGCGAGCCAGCCGGACCCUCAGAGCGGCCUGAAUCUUCUUUGCUGCUUCUUCUUCUUCUGCAAGCUGGUUCUGACUGGCCUCCCAGCUGCUGCCCAGCACCUUCGACGCAAGCACGGCGGACAUUCGCCGGCGAGCUUGGUGGCCUCUGAUGUGUUUCUGCACCGUGAGGAUGGCGGCAGUGAGAUCUUGUGUCUCGCUGUGCACAGGCGGGCCCUUGUCGGCGUCGGCGGUCUCCUCGGCCUCGGUCUCCUCAGCUUCAGCUUGCGGGGUUGAUUGGUACGCGGGGGAAGGCUCGUCUUGCUGGCUGCACUCCUGUUGGGCCUCGCCCGGCAUGUCUCCGCCUGCAUCGCCCAACUCAUGCCUUUCAUCCCCGUCUUCGUCCAAAGUCUCCUCUUGAGUGUCUUGCUGGAUGUCUUCCUCUCCUUUUUCGCCCUCCGAUCUUUUGUGCAAGUCGACAUCGCCUUGUGCCUGCUGUUCAUGGUCAUGCUCAUCUUGGGCUUGCUCUUCAGAGGCCUCGGCGUUCACCUCCUCGUGUGUGUCGACAUCCUCUCCCUUGCUCUCGAUAGGCUGGUCCUCCUCGCCUUCGUCUGCUGGUCGAUCGGCCGCUCGUGGGCUCCCAGCUAUGCUGCUCGACACGUGUUGGAUCAGAUGAGGGACAUACUCUUGCGCGGCGAAGCUGGCUUCCAAUUCAGCGGCGGACGACGUGACAGGGACGGGAAGGGCGGCCGCUUCUUCCUGUGGCGCUUCUUGCGCCGCAGCAGUUUCUUCAUCUUCAGCCGUGCGCGAAAUAUCCUCGUCGUGUCUGUCUUGGUCCGCCGGCAUGGCUGACAGGCUUUUGGUGAGGUCGCCCACGUAUGCACGGACAGCGGCGUCGGGAGUGAUGGGUUCCUCGACCUCCUCAUGAUGUGCGCCGCCAAUGGCUUCAUGUUCCUCCACUGAAGUGAUCUCAACCUCUGCGGCAGCUGGCUGGUCUUCCUCGUGCGCCGGUUGCACAGCUUCUUCAUUCAUGUCUCUUAAUGGCUGCUCCGUCUCAGUCUUCUGAAUGAUUGGCGCUUGUUUGACUUCAUCCGCUCGUUCCUUUUUGAUGUCAGACGUGAGCCGUCUCGCCUGUCGGCCUCUCUCACACGCUUGCAAGCGAAUUGCUGCUUCUUCUCUCUUUCGCUUCAGUUCUGCGUAGCGUUGUUGUGCCGACCUUCGCCGCUGACGGGAGCAGAAAACACGACAGACGGGUUCUUACAUACACAUAGACGUGUGUCGCUUCUCCUUUAUGUACCUCAUUCUUCUGUAUAAUGCGGGCGGCCCUGACUUGCCUCUCAAGCUCGCCUAUCUCCGUCUGGAGCCAGAAGUGCUUGUCGUUCCACUCGCCCUCAGGUCGCGGCCUCAGCUCCAGGCGCUUCUUGCGCUGUCUCAUCUGACGCUGGAUCCUUCUCGCAGCAUCGUCCCUCUUCACAGCCUCGUGCUGGUCUUUCUUAACUGCUUCGUCUUGCUUCAUCUUUUCGAUGGACCGUCUGGCCAUCCGUCCGCGAGCGUGACGCUGCACCUCGAUCGCCGCUUUCUCCUGCCUCUCUUUGAGCAGACGGGCCGCCUCUCGCUUUCUGUCCUCCUCCUCUUUCCUCUUCGCCGCUUCGUCUUGUCUCUUGGCCUCCUCCUCUUUUCUCUUGGCUGCCUCCCUCGUGGCGAUGGAGUCACGUCUCGCAGAGCGGCCGUUGGGCGCUUUCUGAUCAGUCACAGCUGGUGCUGGCUUAUGUGGCUCUUGUGUGCGUUUGAGAGGCGGCGAUGCGGCACGCGGAGGGAGCGCGGCGCCGUGGAGCUUUUCGCCACGCUUUGGCAUGACCGUCACCGGUCGGUGCUUUGCCAGGGAAUCUGGGUGCUUCCUGCAUGCAUGACACAGAAACGGAGUGCCCAGUUGCCGUCUGUGUUGCAAUGGUGGUGUCUCACGCUUGCAGUGGAGACGCGUCAUCAUCCUUCUGCCGUGAUCGCCAGGCCGUUUGUAUCCGCGUUGCCGCCCACUUGCGAAUGUAUUUCAGCCGAGGGCUCGAGGUGUGAUGAUGGUCGGACGGCUCUGAAACACCAGUCACAGCCACCUCACAGAAAGGUAUGUGUUUGCGCGUGUGCAAAGUCUCUUCAUUCGCCGAAUGCCUACUUGAGAUGGGAGGAGGCCGAGGGGUCAUGGUACUUGACUGCAAGGAAAAGAGCAGUGGAUCGCAGAUACUGUCGUUACUUCACACUAGGCCUACAUGUGAAGCUGAAGAUCCCGGCAUUGUGGGAAGCUGCAGCCGGCCACCUGUGGCGUCUCUUUCUGACGCGUCUUGCGGUUCCUCCGCCACGACCGACAGCUCGUCACCCGGCCGUCUCCGUGUCGGUUCGUCAAGAGGCUGCAGGUCGUCUGGGGAGUAGAAGUUGAUGCGACUGUUUGAAAUAGGAUAGGAUGUGUGCAUGUCUGGGCACCGCCACAUGUCAAUUCUACGUACCUAUACGGCCUGUCGGGCAGCACGGGCAGUUCUCGGCCACUGGCCGCGAUGACCUGCUCGUUCUCCUCUCCCCUGUGAGUCAUGAGCGGCGUCUCACCCCUGCUUAGUGGCCGCAAGUCGCCCUCACUUAUCUCGACGUCAACAUCGAGCAUCGGCGAGGGCGAUGGUGGCGUGAGGGGCAACGCAGUGGGCGGCCGAAUUGGAGAGGGAGAGGAAGCGGGACGGGCCUAUCGACGGACAAGACAUAGAGGGGUGUGGAUGCAGGCGGGUGUAGAUCGACGUGAUGGUGUCACGCACCUGUGGCUGUCGCAUUCCCGAUAGCACAGCGUUUGUGAUUUGUGGUGAUGGCCGGUAUGUCGAGCCCAUGGCGUAGCGGUACCCACGCUUGCCCUUCAAACCCUGCGCGACCGACACAUUCAACGACACAAACAUCCCUGAACGGGCCCGGCCUUCCCUUUUUGUGCUUUCCCAUCUCACCCUUUGUUUGGGCGAGGCCUUCGGCGGGGUAGUGGGCGAAACAGACUUUGGAGGCCGCCGAAGGCCUUCCCCUUCGUUCCAGGACGAACGGCAGCCAGGCAGAUAGUCCGACGGCGAUCGCAGCGGGGCUGUCUCUCUGCUGUCCCUCUGCUUCAGACCAUACGCAUGGAACAGCCUCCUCGCUCGCUCAAGCGGCACCUCAAGGGCCGCGUCAUCUUCGUGACUUCUUGGCCGCUCCUUUCUUGGCAUCUUCCUGCGUGGGUGCUGCUUGUUGCGUGUUGGGGAGCGGGUGCGCGGGGGCAGGUAAGGAGACGCUGCGGGGGGAGGGGACGACGCACGCUGUUCCAUCUCGUCGAGGUUCUUGCCCAGUGCGACGGUGAGCGGGUGGUCCUCACCGAGUCCCUCCCUGGCCACGUGCCUUCCUUUCUCAAAGAAGAGCGUGGCCUCGCCGUACUGGCCCAGAUACUCCUUCUCAACCCCCACAUUGUGGUAGGCGAUGGCCAUGGUCGUGAUGUCGUCCUGGGACGGGGGGAUGGACUCCUGCUGCAGGGCUGCCAAUCGGUGGCUGGCGAUAGUGAGAGCGGUCGACGCGUGGCGGAGAGCCUUGUCGUGUCUGUGUGAGUGACCAGGCACAGAUGAUGCAGAAGUCUACCUCUGUCUUCUGUCACGUACUUGUGGAGUUUCGACAGUAUGGCAGAUAUGUUGAGAUGGGUGCCGGCAAGUGUGCAUACAUCCGCAGACGACUGCUGCUGAAGGCGAAUCGCCUGCCGGAAAUACUCGAGACUUGACGAAUACUUCUUGGACGUUUUGUACAAGCAACCCUGCACAUCAGACAGACACAAUGCAUGACCAAGGGCGUCUUCUGACAUUAGUUAUUUGGCAACUCACCAGAUUGUUGAAGGUAAUGGCAAGCAGCUUGACGGCGGCGGCUGGGUCCAUCGGUUCAGGAGGCGCCUUGGCAUUCCACCAGAGGUCGCCCCCCUGCUUGAUGAGGGCAACGGGCGGAGGGGGUGGGGGAGGGGCGCCUGCCUCCGCCAACAGCGUCUCAGCCUGCUUGAGCUUGUUAAAGGCGACAUCAAGCUUGCCUGUAUUGAGAUGGAAGAAAGGACCACAAGGGGAAAAGAGGCCAGUGUGUGUGCUCGUGUUCGAGAGAACCUUUUCGCAGGAGCUCCAUGCCCUUUCUGUUGCAGUCCAAAACAACACCCUCCAACUGCCAGUGAGGACGCACAAACGUCAGGGUGUCCAUUCGUUCUCUGUCCAUGAUUGUGCGAUUGCGCCGUACCUGCCCAUUCGUAAGCCUGUCCCUUCGCCGCAUGGUGUUCUCAGUGCAGCAAAACAGGGGGACGCCGCGAUUCCAAAACAUAUUCCAAAACAAAUACAACGCGAACUUGAAGGGACCGAAGGGAAUUGAG